AUCAAUCGACGUUCGGAGCGUGCAGCAACAGGCACGAAACCUCUCCACAUGGAGCAAAGAUGCUCAAUGCAUCUCAACAACACAGUACGUCAUACGCGCAUCAGCCCCGCAGACUGUACUUACACCAGCAUCAUUAAACAUCGACGGCAAACUCUAAACACAUCGUAGUUGUUUCCAGACUUUUGAAUCCAGCUCGAUAUGACUUAUCCUGCUCCCACACAAUUAGCGACUAGCGAUUUGUUUAAGCUCAAUGAACACACAAUCUUAGUGACGGGAGGCGCCGGUGCCGUUGGCACUGUCGUCGGCAAAACAAUCCUAGAGAGUGGUGGCGACGUCGUUUUCCUCGACUUAAUGCCUCAAAUGCCAGAAGACAAAUGGCUCGAUGUCCUAGCAUCAGCAGCAAUAGGCAAAACAGAAGUACGCUACCACCAACUCGAUGUCCAAAAUGAAGACAAUAUCACAGCCGUCAUGGACCACAUCCGCACAGAUUCACGCCACCCGAUCCGCGGCCUCGUCACCUGCGCCGCCAUUUCCGGCGAAAGCGAUGCAGGCGCCUAUCCAGAAGCAAUCUUCCGCCGCAUCCUCGACGUAAACACGACAGGCACCUUCCUUGUCGCGCGUGCCGCAGCCAACGAAAUGCACCGCGCCAACGUUACAGGAAGCAUCGUACUAAUCGCCAGCAUCAGCGGCCACGGCAGCAACCGCGGGAUUAACAGCGCCGCUUACAACAUCUCCAAAUCCGCUGUGCACCAAAUGGCUCGCUCGUUGGCUGCCGAGUGGGGGCAUCCGCAGAAUACGUUCCCGGGUAGCACGGUCACAGCGACGAAUCAAAACCCCAGUACUGAGCCUAGGAGGGAGUAUCCGCCGAUUCGCGUCAACACGCUGAGUCCGGGGCAUAUUGAUACGCCGCUGAGCGAGGGCGCAAGGCUGAGGGGCCUGACAGAUGCGUGGGCGGGGCAGAAUAUGCUGGGGCGGAUUAGCCAGCCUGAGGAGUUUAGGGCUCCGGUGUUAUUUCUGCUGAGCGAGGGGAGCAGCUACAUGACAGGCGCGGAUCUCAGAGUGGAUGGCGGCCACUGUGCGUGGUAGUUUGGGGUGCAAGGUGAACUCCUGGACGGGUCUCGGAGUAUCUGUCGCGGAGGCCACUCGGCCGACGUAAUUAGAUGCAUUUUCGAAGUGCGGGGCUCCAGAUAGGAGACCUCGUGGGUAAUCUAUUUCUGCAGGUUCCCCGGAAUUUCUGUUUCGAGUGACUGUUUUCGGAUUAGUUUACAGGGUGCGCCAGGCACACUCGUGGUUGCUUGAUCGUCAUACUGGACGAGGGC